UCUCUUUGCUUUUUAUUCCCUUCUCUUUUUUUUCUUCAUCUCCAUCAUCCAAGGCAUGAAGGCGGGUGUCAGCUGGCACGGCAGAAUAAAAGAAAGGGAUGCUUUGACUGCUGCCUCUCUUUCGGCAAGGGACAAGGAAGAGGAAGGGGGGGACAACACACAGCAGGGACAAAAACAGGAUUUCUAGAAUGAAUUGGAGUCCUUCUGCCGCAUGCGCUGGGAAUAGCAGUCUUACGCUGAAGUCUCUGAAUGAGGGGCCAGCCCUGAGGAAGUGAAACUGUUGGGAGAGUUUGGAUGUCACCGGUGACACAGCUUCCCCAGUGCGUUUGACCACCUUCAACUGCACACAUCUCUGCCCUCCAGGCCGCUCCAAUUAAGGCAAGGUUGAGACAAAGAGCUGUGACAGUAUCAGACGACACAAGGAGGAGAGGAAUACACUGGAGGAGGGGCCUGUGGUUGCUGCAGACGAGCAGAGAACUGCUUGUCAGGACUCAGUGUCGCCUGUCUGCGUGAGGAGAUACGGCAGAGGAAGAGGAAAUGGUCGGCUAAAGUGUCAUGGAGGACGUCACCACUACGUAGCUCAUCAAGUACGCAGUGUGGCCUUCCCAGCUGCGCAUCAACAGUGGUGCCAUGAUCCAGUUAUAACUGUGGGUAAUGCCGAGCCAAAUAACCAAUCCUGGAGAUGCCGAAGAGAAGAGAUAUUCUUGCCAUCGUGUUGAUCGUGUUACCCUGGACUCUGCUCAUCACUGUUUGGCACCAAAGCGCUAUUGCUCCACUCCUCGCCAUCCGCAAGGAUGAUGGAGUCGAGGGCAAGAGAGAGGCUGGUGGCCAGGCGCAGGACUCCAAGGAAUACUGUGCCUCUGAUAAGGACAUUGUGGAGGUGGUGAGGACAGAGUAUGUGUAUACGCGGCCUCCACCCUGGUCCGAUGUGCUGCCCACCAUCCACAUCAUCACCCCCACAUACAGUCGACCGGUGCAGAAAGCGGAGCUGACACGGCUCGCAAACACCUUCCUCCACGUUCCCAACCUGCACUGGAUCCUGGUGGAGGACUCGCAAAGGAGAACGCCUCUUGUCACGCGUCUCCUGCGAGAAACAGGGCUUAACUACACCCACCUCAAUGUAGAGACACCCAGGAACUAUAAGCUGCGGGGUGACACUCGGGACCCCAGAAUCCCCAGGGGGACCAUGCAGAGGAAUUUGGCCCUGAGGUGGCUGCGGGAAACCUUUAACGCCAACAGCAGCCAAGCUGGGAUCGUUUACUUUGCAGACGAUGACAACACAUACAGCCUGGAGCUGUUUGAAGAGAUGAGAUCGACCAGGAAAGUCUCAGUGUGGCCUGUGGCCUUUGUGGGAGGCUUGCGGUACGAGUCCCCCAAGGUCAAUGCAGCUGGAAAGGUCUACGGUUGGAAGACGGUGUUCGACCCCCAUCGGCCCUUUGCCAUCGACAUGGCUGGCUUUGCCAUCAACCUGAGGCUGAUCCUCUUCAAGCCGCAGGCAUAUUUCAAGCUUCGCGGGGUGAAAGGAGGCUACCAGGAGAGUAGUUUGCUCCGGGAACUUGUCACACUCAACGACCUGGAGCCUAAAGCAGCCAAUUGCACUAAGAUACUCGUUUGGCACACGAGAACGGAGAAACCUGUCCUUGUGAACGAGGGUAAAAAGGGAUUCACAGACCCCAAUGUGGAGAUUUGAUCACGUCUCCUCAAACCACGGUGGUUGGCCUUGGACCCGUGGAGGAAGAAAACGGCUGAGUCUCUCGAUAAGUGCAACCAGCGCUCAUGUCUUAAUCAUUAGGAGGAAAAAAAGGAAAUGGGGGCCUUUGAAGGGGGAUUUAAUCCUCUUGACUGAAUCUGACAUUUUUAAAAUAUGGACUAAAACAGUACAAAUGUACCAUAUUAAAGCACAGAUGAGUAAGAGGCGGCAGUUAUUCGUCAGGGAAGUGCAGAGGAGACGACAUAAAGGAACGCCUGACAUCGUUGGUGUUGAUUGACGUGACCUGCACCUUCACGGUACGACGGCCCGCUGAGGACAACCUAACAAAAGAGACAGCACAAUAUGACAAGCAUACAGCCAGCGGAGUCAACCAAACAAGCAGGUUAAAGAAUAUCCUUCACCUCAAAAAAAAAAAAAAAACUAAGGAAAAAUAAAAACACACAUUGUCUGCAUCUGCACAUAGUUCAAGAGAGAAGUCCCUCUUGGAUUCAAGGACUACAUCAUCAGCCUGGAUAACAACACGACUCCAAGGACAAUUACGUCUCAUGUGGAUUUUCCUUUGAGCAAACACAAACAUAGAAAGGGAAGGAAUGUUCUUUUGAUAACUAUGAAAUGUUUGCUUUAUUUAAUUUAAUCGGUUUGGGUGUUUCACAAGCACUUGACUUGCUAGUUCAAUACUACUGACUCUUACCUACAUUUAAUCUUGGGUUAUCAUUGUUCAUUUUAUGGUGUCAUUAUACAUUUAAGCCACCUCCGUACACUUGAAGAGACACCGCUGUUUGAAAUGUACCCCUUGUUGUGCUCGGGAGCUGAAACGUACAUGUGAACAUCAAAAUCCAAACACUUCUUAGCACUUAAAAAAUACACAAAUGAUGUUCCUUUGUGGCAACAUGUGUAAAUAGUAAUUCAACAUGAGAACAAUCAGGAUUGAUGACAAAUUUUGACAAAAGCAUUGUAAUUACUGUAUUUAUAUGUAAAAAACAAAAAAACAAAAAACUAAGUCUCUUCUCUUCCCCCCCUGGUAAAUUCCUCACACACACGACAAGGCACAGGUUCACUCUUGGUUCAACACAUGGAAAGAGUAAUAGCACAUCACCAAUUUCAUUUGGUAAUAGGAACUCCAGUUUGUGACACAUUCAUAAUGCUUAGACAAAAACUUCAGUAGACUCAAAAAUGCUGACCUAAUUGCCAUGUAAGCUUUCAUAUAAAGUGUCAUUUUUGACAUUGCAGAGGAAAAAGUGUGUCACUUUAGAGAGCUAAUAUUUCCCCUUGUCUAUGCACACUCAUAUGUCCAUGAGCCACUGGUUAACAAGGGUUUGCUGUGUUUUAUUGUAAAAAGAGAACAGGAUGAAACAGCAUCAAAGCCCAAGAACUCAGUUUCUACUGUCAGUCCCUCUCCUCUCUCUAAGAAUACACUUAACUGCAAUGUGAAGAAGACAGAAUUUCCAAAAAAUUAUAUUUAGCAACACAUCCUCCAAACCAUACCCCCACCUAUGUCAUUUGUUCCCUCUACAACUCAAAUUAGUCCCUACUUGUUGCAGGAGAUUAACACAUUCUUAUACCAAAACAGUUGCUGUUUUAAACAUGGUUAACUGUGGAAUAUUCCCAGUUUGGUUAGGUUUAGGCAACAUAACUACUUGGUUAAGUUGAGGAAACAAGAGUACAUGGUUAGGCUUAGGAAGAGAUAGUAUUCCACAACAUAACUACUGCUGGAUGUGAAGCUCUUACAGUAGUUACGGUAGUUACUUGCCUGAGGUGCUGAAAUUAAAGCACCCCUCCACACAACGUUUUAUAGGAUGUAAAAAUAGUCCGCUAUGAUUAAUAUAUUUUUUAACACGGUUUUCCUACAUAAAAGGUAAAGAAAGUAAAGAAGAAAACUUUGAGAAGGGGCUAAAAGCACAUCUACUCUGUUUUUGAUCUCUGUUAUGACAAGUCUGCUCUGCGCUGGAGCUUUCAGGUUCUUUUACGGCUUUGAUUGGCUCUUUGAAGCAGUGACGUACUGUUCCGUAUCCAGCGCACCAGGCAUAUGCUUGAAUCUCAGAUUUAGGGAAGUGCACACAGAGAUCUCCCCAUUAAGUAGAGGAAUGUGGAAACUCCUCACUAGUGAAAAACUUGUACAGAUCCAGGUCAAUAUAGUCAAGGUCAGACAUUUUUGGGGUCAUAAAAAAACAAAUGUUUGAGUGGGACUUAAUUACACAAAAUAAUUACCCUAAAAAAUACACAUAACUACACAAAUAACCUAAAAUAACAACAAUGACUUCUGGUUUCACUGAGGACAUGAACAGUGGUCUCCUGUGACAAAGUCCUUAUGUUCAUUUGACCCAACCCCCACCCGUCCCACCAACUCUACGUGGACCUUGUCAUUCUUUAUACUCACUUCCACCUUCGUUUUUACACUCUGUAACAUCACUUCCAUCUUGGCUUCCACCAUAACUACUUUGGCCACUAGAGAGCGCUGCCUAACAUAAAAAAAUAAAAAUGGGUAGUCAUAAGCUGCUGCACAAAUGACAUAUGGGGUUGUUUUUUGGGGGAGAGGACAGUCUCAAAUCUAGAUGCUCAGGCCACAUCUGCUGACAUUUUAAUACAGCUCACCUCCGAACAGCUGGUGCUGGUGUGUGUUAUGAAGGGUAGAUUGAAGUAAUUUAUGCAUGGCCCCAAAUGUUCUGUUUUAGGUCAAAUCUUUGGCUUACACGUAUGAAAUGAGAAUGUCUCAGUUGACAGUAGGCCAAUGAAAAGCACAACAGAAGUAAAUCUUAUUUAUGCUAAUGAUCUGGUAGCAGUGUUGACACGCCAUCUUCAGUAUUGCGGAUUGAUGUCUCGUUUGUUUGUUUUUUGGCAUUAGUAUCCAUCUGUUGUACAUUAACUGGAUCACAGAGGGCAUCACCACACCUCUAAUGAUACACAUCAGCAGCCAUGGUGCUGUACGGUUGUAACACUGUAACAAAGUUAUUCUACACCUCGUAUAAUAGAAUCUCUCCUCUACUUGAUAAAUCAUCCGUCUAGUGCAAUACACAGCGGUGGUUCUUAUCUAACAUUGCCCAGCAGAAGUAGCUGGAGAUAAUUCAAACACUGAGCCUCUGUACUGAUGCCAGAUUAUCUCUGUGCACCCCCUCCUCCCCGCCCCCCCUUUUCAACACACACAACCCAAAAUACACUGCUGCAGUAUGAAAACUUACAAAGACAUUACAGCCUCUCGGGCUCAUCAGCCGGGGAAACCGUGUUAUUACAUAUUUCACUUGGAAUACGAUAAGAUACACAUUCAGACAAUGGCUGUAUUGUAUCUUUCAUUCGACUGGCUUGUUUUCAUCAACUGCAUGAUAUUACACUGCACAGGGCUCGGUCGUGGAGAUCGCAAACUAUCUUCGGAUUUGUUCUACGCCUCAACUCGCCUCCCAUUAUUUAUUAAAAAUCAAAUUUAAUAUAUUUAUUUAUGUAUUUAUUUCAGGUGUGGAUGUGCAAUUGAACCAUAGCAGUGUUUGCCCUUAAAACGGUAUUAUUUCAAACUGUUCUCUAAAAAAAAAAGCAUGCACACAUAACAGUUUA